UUUCUAACAGUAUUUCAGUGUGUUACAUGUGUGGCCUGAUGAAUGAACAUCAGUCUCAUGAGUCAAACGCUGCAAAACAUAAACUAGAAUAUUUUUACUGCAUUCUGUACCAUGUUGGUAGUUUCUGAAUGUAGUCGUCUUAUCAAGGAAAAGCAGAGCUUGAAAGAGGAGAAACUUCCUCACGCUGGGUGUGGGCAGCAGAGGUCUGGCCUUGAACACAGUGUGGGAGGGGCUUAGCCACAUAUGAAUAACGGUGCAGAUAUUUGAUGCCUAAUUUGGUUUUCUGGGCGGGGCUCUUCUCCGUGGACCCUCUCUAGAGCAGCCAAGGGGGUGAGGAUUUACAGUCUGGGCUUUGCUUCCACUGCACAUCUUGAGAAGAAAGAACAGCUGGAGCCAAGUUUCAGAAGGUAAGGAGGAGGCUGCUGAUAAAAGGAGACUUGUGAGUUGAUCUGCUCUAAUACAACAGAUCUCACCAUGGCCAUAGUCCUGCAUUCCAGCCCUCUACUAUGGACACGGCUCGCAGCCCUGGCUUUCUCGUGUGUGGCCUUCUCCGUGGCCAUACACGGUGGCAGAGUUGCACACGGAACAGGAAACUGGUGCAUCUUCUGCUGGGCCUUCAGCUUCGCCGGCACGCUGCUCGUCCUCCUUGUGGAGUUGUUUGGCCUCCAGAGCAGAGCCCUCGUUUCAUGGAAGAACUUCCCAAUCACGUUUGCCUGCUACGCCGCUCUUCUGUGUUUGUCCGCCUCCAUCAUCUUCCCUCUUUACUACCUCAAAGACUCCCACGGGCCCAGUGAAAUGCGGGACUUCCGCAUAGUGUCAACCGUCUUCUCCUGCCUGGCCACCAUCGCCUACAUGACCGAGGUGAGCAUCAGCAAGGCGCGUCCCGGCGAGGUAGCCGGCUACAUGGCCACAGCUCCUGGACUCCUGAAAGUCUGCCAGACCUUUUUGGCUUGCAUCAUCUUUGUUUUUGUCACCGAUCCCGUGUUGUACGACCGCCACGAUUCUUUGAAGUACUGCAUGUCCGUCUACUGCAUCUGCUUCAUCCUGUCGGCCGGCAUCAUCCUGCUGUGCGUUGGAGAGCUGACGGGCUACCUCCCCUUCCCUUUCGCUCGCUUCUUGUCAGCCUACGCCCUGCUGGCUGUGGUCCUUUAUUUGUCCGCAACCAUCAUCUGGCCCAUCUUCAACUUUGACCCGAAGCAUGGAGGACAAAAGCAGAGGCCGUCCAACUGCAAUACAAGCUUUGGGUUGUGUGUGUGGGAUAAGACGGUGGCGGUGGCUGUGCUCACCACGGUCAACUUCAUCCUCUACCUGGCUGACCUCAUCUACUCCACUCGCCUGGUGUUUGUCAGCGCUUGAGGGUACGGCAAGGGCUACCGGCACUGUGCUCCACACAAAAUUGAAUUUGGCCUUUUUUCUGAAAGCUGUAAAACUGCUGUUAAAUAUUGUGCUGGCUGGUAUUGGUGGGGUCCAAACGCUUGCACCGGUUCAGAACAGUAACAAUGAGUGACUGGAAAUCACAAUGAAGGUUAAAAUAUUUGGUUCAAAAUUAAGUUUUAGACUCUUAAGUGCCUCCAAAUAGCUUUUUAUAAUGCCAAAUUUAAUUUUUUAUGAAGUAUAGUGCAAUGCUUUGGGAUAAAAUUGAAGUCAAGUGUUGUUUAUGUAUAAAACAACAAAUCUCAAAUCAGUAAAGCUUCAUGUUCAGCUUUCAGUGGCGUUUAAAGAGGACACUCAUGUGGCUGCUGGAACAAAGACACUAACAUUUAUAACCAGUUAAACUGCUUUAAUAAAGUCUUUGUAAAAGUGCUUUUGCAGAAAAUAUUAUUUCAUGCACAAAACAAAUAUGUUGCACUUCACUUAAGAUAUACAACACAACAUUUUGAGUCAACACAACUAGAUGAGUAAAUCACAAAACAUCAGAAAACUCAAGAUAUGAGUAAGAUAAGACAACACAACACUCUGUGUCCUAAACUAUUGAUCGGAAAAAACAAAAAAUACACAGAAAAGUCAUGGAAACAAAUAACUCUAGAAAAAUUCUGAAGCAAAUGACAAAAACUUUAAGCCAAAGUGCUUUAAAAAUGACUUUUUUGAUGUUGUUUUCUGAAGUAUCUUAUAUUUGUGUCAUUGUGGUGCUCUUGUUGUCUUUUAAUUUGUGUUGAUUUGCAACUUUGGUGUCAAAAAGGAUUAAAUUAAACUGCCAGAAUAGCUUUCACAUGUAACCAAAGACCAGGAUGAAAAACCAAGUAAACACUAUCUUACGUUGUGUUUAUAUUUUUAAAUAAUGCAUGUUAUGCGUUGAUGUGACCCUGCAUUUUUUUCUGCUUACGCAAAAAGAAAGAAAAUCUGUUUAUGUUGUUCUUAUGAAGAGACAAUCCUCUAAUUAAUGUUAUGUUAUUCAUUUUUUUAGAUAAUUUCCUGUAUUACUUUGUUGAAGAGCAGCUAAAACGUAAUGCUUGGAGGUCAUCUUUCUAUCCAGUGUAUGCAUUGAAACGCUGUUAUUUUAGUUGACACUAUUUACAUUAAUGCUAUGCCAGCUUUUGCUUCCAUGGUUAUUUUUAUUUACAUCAAAUAGAAAUAUCUGUAUGAAGAAUGUUGAUUAUAAUAAAAGUCAGUACAACAAUCA